AGGCGUAUAAGGAAAUGGAGCGAAUCACUAAAUAAUGGGGUUCCCUCGUGUCAACGUUGUUUUUAUUUCCAGAACAUAUUCUUUAAAACGAUCAUUCCGAGCUAUUUUUAAUGUCUUCAUUAGUGCCGUCCUAAUUAUCAGCAAAAAGGGUCUUCAACAGCAAACCGGGCAGCCCUAAAAGUCCCGCGUUUUUAUACGCGAUCGAUGUAUUCAGCUUUUUCACAACGUAAAAGACACUGUCACAAAAGUGCUUGCGGGCGAAUUGGUUCGUCUUUAUUUGAGAGUUGCGAAGACUGUAAAGGAGCGCGGUAUAUUUGUGUCGAUAAAUAUUGCAAGGAUAUUGUUUUACAUAUAUGUGGGCAACAGGGCAAAUCACGUGCACUUUUUUACGUCGAUAAAUGUUGAGCGUUUGACCUGCAUGCUUUGCUCGAUGCGCCGAGCAACUAUCGAUUCAACCAGCAGCUGACUGCCACCGGAGUUUAAGUCGGUUGCUGGGGGGUGAGGCUCUUGCCUUUUACUACGUGAGUGCGUGUAUAUUUACAUGCGAGAGGGUUGCUGGUGGUUAAGCCAAGAUUAGAUGUUGCCUUAGCCAUCCCUUAAGUCGCGUAAGUAUCCUAGGUAGGGGGGUUGAAGAGGAGGUAAUAAUGUCAAGUACCCACAGCACUGUGUCUUCAUGGUCUUUUUCCUUUUCUUCAAAUUUCACUUCGCCUUCUCUCCCUUCUAGUUUUUCCUCGCCACUUUUAUUGCCGAAGUUUACUUUUUUGUCCUUUUUCUUUUCUCUCGUCAAUAUUAUCCGGGAAAAUUUUCGCCAAAAAGAGUUCGCGAACUUGUUUGACGAGACAAAUUUCAAACUUGCCGAUCAUGCUGCUCAAUUGGCUGUUGAAUUAUACGAGCUCGUUUCGACCAAUCCGAAUCAGAGGAACUGGAGGGGUAUCUUAAUCGCCCUGCUCGUUAUCAUUGCGGUUCUCGCUCUGAUUGUUACCUCAGUUGCACUGCUCACACCUCCCGAUGAGGGGCCUCGAGUUCGCGGAUCCCAUCUUCGCCUGGCAGAGGUCCUGUCUGGAGAUUUGUCGCCAUUGCUAUUUAAUGGAAGCUGGGUAAGCGGUCGCCAUAUUUGUUUCCGUGACCCUUCGGGAGGAAUUUCCUUGCUGGAUGCUUCAGAUCCGAACAUUACAUCGCACAGUUUAAUGCCGAACUCGACUUUCAGACGCUUGAACCCGGCGAAAUUCUCGCUGUCUCCGGACCACAAGUAUCUUCUACUGGCGCAAAACGUAAAGAAAUUAUUCCGGCACUCGUACCUCGCCCAGUACAUUAUUUACGACGUGAACACAAGAGAAACAAUACCACUGACUCCUCAACCGGAAACAGACGCUCAUCCAUAUCUGCUGCUGGCUCAAUGGACGCCGAGGGGUCACGGACUGGUCAUGAUUCAAGAUUACGAUAUAUACUAUCGGCCUAGUCCAUUCAGUAACACGGGCUACCGUGUCACCAAUUCCGCGAUACCGGGAAUAUUGUCAAACGGAUUACCGGACUGGUUGUACGAAGAAGAGAUUUUACGCAGCGCAGAAGCGAUAUGGAUGUCCAAAGACGGACACCUGAUGUUGUACGCGUCGUUUAACGAUUCGCUGGUCCAAGAAAUGAAGAUCCCGUGGUUCGGAGAAGGGACGAAAACCUUGUACCCUGACAUCCGGUCGCUUCGUUACCCGAAGCCAGGAACUCCGAACCCGUCGAUACAAUUGAUAGUUGCUGAUUUGGCCGACCUGAAAAACAUUCGAUCAAGAACAUUGCGGCCCCCACCUGCCAUUGAGCAUGUGGAACACUACUUCACCACAGCAUCUUGGGUCUCAUUGACAGAAGUCUGCGUGACGUGGCUAACGCGGGCUCAAAAUCUGUCCAUCAUCACCGUCUGCAAAAGUCCCAUGUGGCAUUGUCAGGAAAUUCAGCGCAUCGUCGGAGAAGGUCGAGGAUGGGUUGACACCCCGCCGGAAUCGCCAGUUUUUUCGAUGGACGGAAGUAGCUACGUCACCAUAAUACCCGUCCGCGAUGGCCCCUCCGGAUACUACAAACACAUCGUUUUGGCAAAUGUAUUAAAGAAGCGAGUUGUCCCGUUAACUCAUGGGCGAUACGAAGUGAUCCGUAUUCUGGCGUGGGAUCAGGUCAACAAUACGAUAUACUUCAUAGGAAUACCUCAAGCACAUCCUGGACAAAGACAUUUGUACCGUGUCAAUUCUCAGCUACCUCAUCUCGGUUCCUCUCUUCAUUCUCCCGUUUGCAUCACUUGUACACCUGUGAUGAAUCCCGAAGCUCAAUACAAUUCGGACCGACCAAGCAAGCACGCUGGUACUGACAAUAAUAAUAACAAUAAUAAUGGUUAUCGUACCUGGCCGGACAGCAGCGAUUGGGCGGAAUAUGAGCUGACCGAGUCUUCAAGCGCGGUUCAACCUCCCUUGGAAAAGCAGGAACGUCGAGGCAGCAAGAAAAAAACUACCACGAAAAAUUUGGAGACUUGCCAAUACCAUAACGCUGUCUUUUCCCCUGGAUUGGAUUAUUUCGUAUUGGAAUGCCUCGGACCGAGCAUACCGACGGUCGCUCUUUACAAAACCACCUUGCCAGAUCCGCGCUUUAUUGGUCUGUUGCAGAACAACACCGAGCUUCGGGAAAGAGUAGACAAAAUUGCUCUUCCUCAAGUAAAGACCUUCCCCGUACAAAUAAGUGGCGGCUAUAACGCCCAGGUACGUCUUCAUUUGCCGCCGGGUUUACGGGAGGAAGAAAUCACUCGCUACCCGAUGGUCGUCCAAGUGUACGGGGCGCCGGGUUCGCAGCUGGUGACAGAUAAAUUUAAAAUUGAUUGGAACACCUACUUGGCCAGCAGCAAGGGGGCAAUUGUGGCACAAAUUGAUGGCCGAGGAAGCGGAGGCCAGGGCUAUCAAUUACUUCACGAAGUGUACUACAGAUUGGGAUCUGUCGAAGUGGCGGACCAGCUAGAAGUGACGGAGUACUUGAGGGAUUCGUUACAUUUUGUGGAUAAGAGACGAGUCGCUGUUUGGGGAUGGAGUUACGGGGGAUUUGUCGCCGCCUUAGCAUUGGCCCAAUCUGAUCAAGACGUUUUCCAAUGCGGGAUCAGCGUCGCUCCGGUUGUUUCGUGGAAACUUUACGAUUCAGCCUACGCCGAGAGGUACAUGGGCUCGCCGAACGUAACUUCAAACUACAAGGGAUACGAGGAGUCCGACGUUUUUAAAAAGGUCGAACACUUGCGGAACAAAAUGUACUACUUGGUUCACGGAACCGCCGACGACAACGUGCAGUUUCAACAAAGCAUGGCUCUCGCUGGCCAUCUAGCCAAAAAAGGGAUUCUAUUCCGUCAGCAAGUUUAUCCCGACGAGAGUCACGGCUUGGCUGGCGUGAAGAGACAUCUUUAUCUAUCAAUGGCUCAGUUUUUAGAAGAUUGUUUCCACAAGCAAGUACCCGUCGACACAAAGGCCGGAUUGGGGAGCGGUGGAGGAUACGGAAUAUAAACUGACGGAACGAAAUUGAUACUGGAGCGAUAUAUAUUUUUUGGGCCCCACGAUAUGCAAUCCAUAUUAUAUACACUUAGGUAUGAUAACUAUAUCCAAAUUGUGUUCCGUUUGAUGAUGAAUCUUCCUUAAAAUUCGUUCCUAUGCGUUUUCCAAUUCGAUCGGUUUUCAUCCCACCUUUUUUAUUCGGAAUCGAUAUUUUUCUAUUAAUAUUGAACACGUAUAGUUGUUAAUUCUUUACUUCAAGAUGUCGAGAAAAAAACAACCUGCUACCUAUAAAGCACGAUUUAAAAUCCUCAUUCGCAGUACCAACUAAAUCAUGAAUAUGUUCAACAUUCGUAAUCGGUGUAUAGCAGUCUAAUUUCUAAUAUAAUUACAAUCCACGUGCAGAUAAUUUUUCCAAUAGAAGUGGCAGAUGGUGAAUAAUUAUAUGAUUAUUGUAGUGAAUGCGUUUGAAACGAUAAUAUAUAAUUUUUCUAACUAAUAAGUAUAAAGAUAUAUUAUAACGUAAUUAGUAAGGUAACAAUCAGAUUUUAAACAAUCCAAAUUAAUCUCCAAGAUAACUAUAUAGAAGAGUAGUGAAAAGUUGAAUUCUUCUUCUUCCCUUCUAUGUCGUCUUUCACGCGUGUAAUGUGAUAUCAGCUCUUAGCAGAAAAUACACAAAAUUCUAUAUUUAUAUAUAUAAAAAAAAAAAAUCUUAUCGAUUAGAUCGAUCGUGUGUCGCGUGUACCGUAGCAUCCGGUUCGUGCUCCUUCGCCGUAUAGAUACGAAUGUUAAUCCCGAAAAGCAAAGUCGAGGAAGCGUUGCCACAAUACCCUCACGACAUGGAGUAUACAGACUACAAUUCAUACUUAAAUGAAUUAUGUCUACCGACGUACAAUAAUUCCGUUUUCUCUUCGCAGCGGGUAUUUUCGUUCGCGUCUCGCGUCGUCGCGUUAUCUUGAAAAUUAUUGAAACCUCUCGUAUACCACAUACAUAUAUAUAGGUAUAAUUUCCUGCACGACUGCGCAAAAGUGUUGCGUCAAUCGAUAAGAAAAGAACCAUGUUUUUAAACUGCAGUGCUUUAUCGACCAAAGGUCUGCUUUAUUGCAGUUACUGCUAAAUUCUUUUAACGUAUAUAAUUCAUCAUGAUAUUGAAUUUAUAUAAUAUAAAGUAGUUCAUUAUUAUAUGACACGAUAGUAUUGCAAUUAUUAUACAAUUAUAUAUAAAUUAGAAAAAGACAAAAA